CAUCAUGCUCUGUAUGACUGUAUGACUUUAUGAGUCUGCUGUUCAAAGAAAAUAAGGAUGUUUGGAGAAGCUGAGUGGAAGAGGAUUCCCACACACAACCAAAGCUGCCGAGCUGCGGUGUAUGAUACUGUUUUUGCUAAGUAAAUAUUUGCACCACACGCCUGCAUGUCAGUUGUGCGCCAAGGCUCGCCGCGAUAGUACGUUUUCGUGUCGGCGGCCUUUUAGCUAGCUGGCUACCGCUCUCGAGGUCGGUGAGUUCGCUGGUGAAUUAUCGACAUCACAAUCAUCUCUGCACUAGGCUGGAGUAAAGAUCUAGCGUGAGUAGCGGUUUGGUGGCGUCCCUGCGCUAACGUAAAAGUCGAGGAGGACGGCUAACGGUGAGUAGAGUAGUGGAGGUGAAAUGGGCGAGUCGUCCAAACGACGUAGGGAAGCUCGCUAGCAGUAGGGCUGAUACCGAAUGCACCAACGGAGGCGACUUCGCUUGCGUAGCGUGUGCAUGAUCGUUUCUUGUCGUUGGCGCUUGGCGCAAACCUAACUGCCUCGGUUCCCGAGCUUCGUACCCACCCGCGUGGCCCGCUGUUGGCCCGCACAUGGAUCAUUCUCGCAGCACUUACCCUUCUGGCAGCGCUGGGGCAGCGGGCUCCGGGAGUGGGCACCACAACGGAGCGACGGCAGCGGCUGCGAUGAACGGAGACCUGUCGAGAUCGGCACCAGGCGUGCGGAACCAACUGCUGGAAGCCCAGUUGGGCCAGGCCUCCUCGUCGCUCGGGUGCCUAUCGGGAAAGUUCCUGGAAACGCCAGAGAUCAACAUCUGCGAGAUGGGCAGCCUGGAAGACCUGGACAUCCUUGAGGAGCUGGAGGGCCUGGAAGAGGUCUGCGUGGAUUCUGAACCAGAGGAUGGCGACGAUACGUCCGAUGUGUCCUCCCAGUACAGCGAUAGCUUUGCGUCCAUUCAGGACCUGCUGUCGAAAGCGCCGGAGAAGCGCAGCGCCGACGACCUGGACGUGAUCAUGGACUAUAUCCAGCACCUACCGGCGUUCGCCAACAUGACGCUGCCCGUGCGGGAGAAGCUGUGCGCGCUCAUGCGCCUGCAGACGUACGAGCGAGCACGCACGGUGCUGGUGCGCUCCGGCGAAGAGGUGGACCACUGGUGGGUGGUGUUCGGCGGCGCGGUGGAGCUCGUACGCGAGUCCUACGAGCCAGCCGUCUUCCACCUGGGCGAGGCGUUUGGCGUGUCGCGCGCCCACAAGAAGAAGGUCAUUCAGGCGGGCUCGCUGGUGACGCGCGGCACGGAAACGCUGCUGCUGAGCGUCGCCGCGGAGCAGUUCCACGACGUGUUUGCGCAGUCGGAGCAGGCCACCGUGGAGGUGGUGGAGGACGGCGCGCUGGUGAUGGUCACGGAGUAUCGCAAGACGGGCAAGACGGAGUGGGGCCAGGUGGUGGUGCGUGGCGCGCGGGCCAAGCUCGUGGCGCACCUGGUCGUGGGAGACUACGACCCAGCGUACGCCGAGGACUUCCUCCUGACGUAUCGCACGUUCAUGACGGCAACGGAGCUCGCUGAGCUCCUCGAGCAGCUGUUCCUGCACGCCGAGCUGCGCGACCGCGUGGCCCGCGUGGUGCUGCUCUGGGCGAACAAUCACAUCGAGGACUUCAACGGCUCGGUGGAGAUGAUCGGCUUUCUACGCACGUUCCGCCGCCAGCUGGAGGAGACGAACUUCCUGGGCGAGCUGCGGCUGCUGACAAUAGCCGUGCAGAGUAAGGGGACUUUCCCACUUGUAGAGCAUGCUGGCGGCGAUUCAGACGCUCCUCAUGACCAACAGCAUGUGGCGGGCAGGUCACGCCUGGCACCCCAGCAGCACGCGCACCAGAACGGCAUCAGCGGGCACCUCUCGUCUUCGUCCGGCGCUCUGAACGCCGUGGGUGGUGGGGGCGUCGGCGGGGCUGCGGACAGCUCUCCGCGCUCCUCCACGCUGUUCGGUCGGCGCCUGCACGGCUUUGCCAAGCGCUACGCGUCCACGUCGAACAUGCGCUCGGCAAGCAUGCGCGUCGCAUCGGCGCCGCACGCGCGCAAGACCUCUCUCUCCGUGCCCAUGAACAGCAGUCCCGCUGGCGGUGGUGGAGGGUCUUCUUCGGCGUCCGUGGUGGCAGCGUCGGCGAAUCGUCCCUCCAGACCCACGUCGCCGUCUAGCCUGUUGCCGCUGAGCGUGAUCAAGCUGUACCGGCACGAUCACCAGCACCGCUACCUGACGGUUGGCGCGGCGACAACGGCGCUGGACCUGGUGCGCAUGGGCGUGCGCCAGUUCGAGAUGCCCGACUCGGAGGAGUCGUUCUCGCUGUGCCGCAUCACCGUCAGCCCGCAGGGCGUGGUGCAGCAGACACGCCUACCGGACGCGUUUGCCAACCUGCCGGCGGAGCUGCGCCCAAUGUCGCGCUUCUACCUGAAGUCGAACAAGACGACGACGAACCUGGUGCACGGCAGCAGCCUGGUGACGGACAUCAUGCACGACGGCGCCUGCGAUCUCCUGAGCCUGGACACACGAGAUGUAGCACGCGUGGUCACGCUACAGAGCUUCCUGACGUUCCGCCGCAUCAGCGGGGCCGAGUACGUCAACUACAUCUGGGAUCUCAACGGUAAUGGCAGCGGCAGUGGUGGCAAGGAUCAUCCCGGGGGAAAGGAGCAGAGCGACUUUCAGCGUUUCUCCAGCACCACCAACAACGAGAUGUUCUGGGUGGUCACCGAGAUCGUCAGCGAGCCGUCGAUGCAGCAGCGCGUGCGCAAGAUCAAGUUUUUCCUGAAGGUGGCCAAGCUGUGCCGGUCGCUGCGCAACUUCAACACCAUGUUCGCCAUCACCAGCGGCCUGUCGUACGGGGCCGUCACGCGACUGCGCCAGACCUGGGAGAAGCUUGGCGCGCGCGAUAUCAAGAGCAUUGAGGAGAUGCAGAUCUUGAUGAAUCCGUCUCGCAACAUGCUCACCUACCGCUCAAUGGUGAGCAGCGUGUCCGCUCCCAUCGUCCCCUUCUUCCCCGUCGUCACCAAGGACCUGACCUUCAUCUACCUGGGCAACGACGACCGCAUCGACGGUCUCAUCAACUUCGAGAAGCUUCGCAUGAUGGCGCGGGAGAUCCGCCACAUCAACGGCUUCCACGCCAGCAGCUACGACGUCACGCGGAUGCUGCGCGACCCGAAAGACAAGCUGACGGACCGCGACGUACGUAAGAUCUACGAGCAGUGGUUCUCCAUGCGCCGCGUGGAGCACUACCUCAAGAACCUGAACAUCAUCAGCGACGAGGCGGAGCUGGACGCCAUGGCCCAGAAAGCAGAGCCCCCGCCGAGCGUGCGAAACACCUCCGGUUCCACGCUGGAGAUCCGGUGAUAGCAGCAUGCACGAUGUGUGUUCGCGGCUCUGACGGUCAGCGUUAUACGACCAUUGGGAUUUGCACAACAGAGUCAGGGUCUCCGUGUAUGUUUCCGUGGCAACCGUCCGCAGUCCCAGUCGACCAUGUUCGCUGCCGUGUUUGUUGCCGGGGCAACCCUAUCCCUCACCAUGGUGAUGUGACAAGCCCAUGUACCUGUGCGUUGGAUUUAUCCCCCAGCAAUCAACGGAGAGCGCGCCACUCCGCACACCUGCCGCCACUGUUGCUCCUGCUUCCGCUUCUCGUUCACUGAUGUCUGGCAGUCGUAGCUGAUGUAUAUGGUGGAAGAAAGCACAACCAAAGCUAGCCAACAUGCACCGACAUGCAGCACCUAGCCGACACACACGUGGGCAUGUGUAGCACACAGCGGUAAUCCAUCCCCUGUACUGUAGGAGUUCACAUCCUGUGUGUGUGUGCCCGCAUGUGUAUGCGAGCCUGUGCACGAGUGCAGAAACGGCAUGACACAAUAUCCUGUGGACGUUCACAACAGCACUAAGCCCAAUCAGGACUCGCACUGCUGAUGUGUUGGCGGCCCCAUGCCACACGGCUUAGGUGCGGUUUUCCAACUUUUCUCUUUUCUCGUUUUUACGACACAGUCAAACGUGUCUGUGUUUUUCUUUGACUAUGGCUGUGCAUAUGACUUUAUCCUCGCUUGAGCCCGCAGCUUGAUUUCACGUUGAGUUUUCUUCAGCUAAGCUUUGACACGCGUUGACCCAGCCUUCACUUGACCGCCGCUGCCACCAUGCUUGCUACAGCUAGCCCCAUUCACAUGCAUGCAUGCACCAGCUAGGCCAGGUCUCCUGCAUCGAGGCAGUGCCGAUACUGCCAUGAGCACACUGCGUGCACACGGCAGCCUGUGCCUGCGUCGCUCCCUGCCAAGCGCAGGGACGUUCCCUCACUGCCUAGCAUGACCUGCUAUGUGAGGGACAUUCUCUCGCUUAGCCUAGCCUGCACUGUCUGCUCAGUUCACCAGAAAACUGGCCACGCCACCAUGCAGAGUUGCCAGAGCUGCAAUUACUGCUGCUGAGCUGUGCAAUCAAUGUCCACACAUUUUUGGAGAACUUAUCAAGUCUUGUCGACAACAGCAUUCUGUUGACUUUGAUGCUAGAUGCUGGAGGCGAACCUGACAACCCAUAUCAUCUAUGAAUUCAAUUUUAUCUCUGUGUUAUAUAGAGGGCGCACUCAUAUUCACCAGGCUAGCAAUGAAUUGAUUAGUUUUUUUCCGGGAGAUGAAAAGGAAAAUAGGUAUAAAUAAAAAUAUGUUCUCUUUCAUUCUCAUCUGAUCAAUUUUUGGCCACCGUCCGCACUAUAUGUACGACUACAUGUAUAGCUAUUAUUCCCGUAUAUGGGGUACCGAAGAACGUA